AUGUCUGACAACGAAUCCACCAGCGAAUCUCCUGUCAAGGCCGACAAGAAGGUCGUGUUUACUGAGAAGGAGGAGAUGGUCCUCAAGGCUGCCUGGCGCUGCCUCAAGUCUGGCCCUCCCGAGGCUGCCGCCAAGGGCAAGAAGGCUACUGCCACUCCCACUCCCUCGAAGAAGCGCACCAAGAAGGAUGUUGAAAACGAGGAUGGCGAUGAAGACGAUGAGGGAAGAACUCUCGUCAACAAGAGAAACAAGUCUUCGGCUGUCAAGAAGAUCGUCAAGACUGAGGACUCUGAUGAUGCCGAUUGA